AUGCCUGGCCAUUCUUCAGGUUCAUGUGUAUCCUGUGACUCAUGGAAACUCGUAGCAAUGCAUGGCGUGCUGCACUGCCAUGUUUCUAGUCACGUUGAAGGUGAGGAUGAGAUCAGUUCAGGCAAGGUCGAAAAUGCAGCCCACUCCAACCUGGAUGAGAGUAACUCAUGUGAAAACAAGGCUACGUCAAAAGUAAGAUCUAUUCAUAUGAUUGUGGGAAAAUUAAACCACCAGUCCUUAAUCACAUUAGAAGAAACUGUAUGA